AUGUCGUCGUCAGAAGAGGCGCAGGCCCUUGGCCGCUCAGAGUUCUGGGACGAGCGAUAUGCAAAGGCUGAUGGGGAUAAACCGACGCAUGAAUGGUUUCGCGAUUUCGAUGCGCUGGAGCCUUUUUUUGAGAAGUAUCUUUUCAAGGAGAGGGGGGUUGAGGGGAAAGGCGGGAGGGUGCUGCACUUGGGGAGUGGGGAUAGUACCGUCCCAUACAGCCUCCUAGAGCGGGGCUACAUAAAUCAACUCUGCAUCGACUUCUCUAAAGUAGUAGUCGAACUCAUGAAGUCACGGCACAUCGGCAAGCCGCAGGUAGAAUGGAAAGUUGGCGACGUGCGGAAUAUGACUGAAAUCGACACGAAAUCCGUGGAUGUUGCUUUUGAUAAGGGCACGUUGGAUGCUAUGAUUUACGGCAGUCCGUGGAGUCCGCCCGAGGAAGUCUUGGAGAAUAGUGGGAGAUAUGUCAAUGAGGUAGGUCUGACCUUGACUAAAACUCAAGGGCUACAAGUUUUGUUUGAGCAACUCCACAGUUCGAACGAGAAGAGCAAGGAAGAAUCUCUGUUUCGACGAGGCGCUCGAAAACUUCGUUCUACUUUGGACGUGUUGGGAGGUAGUAUGAGUCUUGCGAGUCCACUAGCUGCGUUGGAUCCGAUUGUCAACAAUGCCUUCGGUAUAAUUCAAUCUGUUAUGACAAUUGCCAUAGGAGUCUGUGGCGCAGAAGAAAAGUUCCAAGAACAUAUCCAGGGAAUGCUGGAGAGGAUUCCUAUAAUCGAAAGGUGCGAUGACAUUUGGGAUUCAACGCGAUCUCCGGGAUCGCUCAUAUUCCAGGUCCUAGUACGAAUUUACACGGAUCUACUUGACUUCUACUUCGAAGCCAUGGACGUCCUGAAUAGUGACAAUUUUUUCGUCGGUUUGCAAAAGAGUCGGUUCAGACAAAGGCUACCGGAAAUCGUAUCGUCGUUCACCCACAAUACAGAGCAACUCGACAAACUUAUCAACCUGGAAGCACUUGCUCUCAUUCAGAAGAUUGAUGAUGACCACAAGGAGGUAGAGUACUAUAACUCCUUAAAACAGCGAGCCGACGAGGCAUGCAUGUGGAUCAUUUCGACGAUCGAUUUCCGUGAAUGGCUUAAAGAUUCCAAUGAUGGACUUUCAAUCCCCUCUUCAAAAUUCUUCAUCUUGUUUGGGGAUAUGGGAUCCGGAAAAUCUGUAACUACUGGCUUUGUUGUGGACUUCCUCAUUUCUCAUCCAGCCCUUUCAGGGUCCUUGAAGCCAUUUGUAUGCGUCUACUACUGCAAGAACGAUAACGAGACCAACAAAGCAAGGAACAUAUACCGUAGUAUCCUGUCGCAAAUUCUAACGCGUAUGGGGCAGCUAAAAUCCAUAUUCAUGAAAUGGUAUACCGAAGCGCAGGCCAAGAACACUAUAUCUGGACGCCUGCUCACCCUAGAUGAGCUCGCGUACGCGGUAACACUUCGAAUGGAGGAAAAGAACAUCUCUAGUCUCUCUGAUUUGGAAGAAUCUAGGGUUGGCUCCGCAGGGUUGCUAGAACUCAUUAGUCCUUUCGUCAGUGUCGUAGGCACCACUGGGGGUGCCAUCGUACGCAUAGUUCAUCAAUCGCUAAAAGAUCUCAUCGUCAGAGAAGCCCCGGCAGACUGGGGAUCACACGAUAAUACCACGCCAGAGAGCAUGGAGCAACGGAAAUCAAAACUUCACAGCAGCUUGCUACACUGCUGCAUCAAAUACCUUCUUUUGGGCGAUCUUGAGGAGAAGGAUCUGUUUCCGGAGGAGAAAUUGGAAGCAAUGGAGCGACAAGCCUAUGAUCUAGAAUUUCUCGGCCACUUCAACAUGGACGUUGAUGAAAAUCAACCGAAUGAACCACGAAGCCCAAACAGGUCCAGUUUUGGGCAAGCACAGACGCGGGACUUUGACCCCGAAUUGGCUGGAUUCGGCAAGUUCUACACUUACGCUGCAUGCUAUUGGACGGAGCAUUUUAAGCAAUGUUCACCUGACGCUCUCCCUGACGUCCGUGAUAUAUCCAAGCUAGCACGCCAUGGCUCUUUGACCCUCCGAAAUUGGAUGGAGACCUACAAGCGACCAAACUUGACCUCAUCUCCACAGCGUAACCUAAACGUGGAAGAAUUCGAUGAGCUUGUUGUAGCGGCUCACUUUGGCUCUCAUGCCUUUCUAGCCAAAUUUCUGGAACGCGGAUUGGAAGAUAACUGUAUUCGGGAUGAAUCGCCCGCGAAAGCGGUAAAA